UCUCUCUCUCUCUCUUUUGCCCCUCCUUUUUCUCCUUCGCCUGUGUUAGGAUGCUCCGCAGGUACAGGAUCUUCUGUUGCGGCGGCGGCGGCGGGGNAGGCCAGGGUCGCCGACGAGCCGAAGGCGGAGGAGGAGGUGGAGGAGGAGGCGAUCGGCGCCAUUAAGGGCGGCGCCGAGGUCCGGCGCUUCGCGUGGCCGGAGAUCGAAUCGCUCACGGCGGGGUUCACCUCCGCCGUGGUCGGCGAGGGCGGCUUCAGCACCGUGUACCUCGCCCGAAUCCCCCGCAAACCCUCCUCCUCCUCCUCCUCCCUCGCCGCCGUGAAGGUCCACCGCAGCAGCGAGCGCCUCCACCGCGCCUUCGUCCAGGAGCUCGACGUCCUCCGCCGCCUCCGCCACCCCAACAUCGUCCGCCUCCUCGGCUUCUGCGACGAUCGAGAAGAAGGGGUCCUCGUGCUCGAGUUCGCCCCCAACGGGAACCUCCACGAUCGCCUCCACUGCGACCGCGGCCGCGGCUCCGCCGCCGCGAUCCCGUGGGCGCGGAGGGUCCGGAUCGCGUCGGAGAUCGCGCGGGCGCUGGAGUACCUCCACGAGGGCUUCGACCCCCAGAUCAUCCACGGCGACGUGAAGGCCUCGAACGUGCUCCUCGACUCCGCCAUGGGGGCGCGGCUCUGCGACUUCGGCUCCGCGCGCAUGGGCUUCUCCGCCGCCGUGGCCCGGCCCCGCUCGGCCCACGCCAUGCUCGGCUCCCCGGGCUACGUCGACCCCCACUACCUCCGCACCGGCGUCCUCACCAAGAAGAGCGACGUCUACAGCUUCGGCGUAUUGCUUCUCGAGCUCGUCACCGGCGCCGAGGCGUUCUCCGCCAACACCGAGCAGCUCUUGACGGCCGUGAUCGGUCCCCGCCUGCGUGAUUUGGAUGGCGACGUAGGGGAUCUGGUGGACCCGCGGUUGGGCCGGGAGUACGAAUUGUCGGAGGCGACGGCGAUUGCUGCGUUGGCGGCGCGGUGCAUCGGGGGGAAUCCGAGCAUGCGGCCGUCGAUGGCGGAGGUGGUGCAGAUACUGCAGGAGAAUGUUGCGGCCUCGAUCUCGGCCGGAGGUGAGGGAUCGGACGGGAAUGGUCGCGUGUAGAUUCCGUUUGAUAAUUUGUGAGUGUUUGAUGAUUUAUUGCACGGCACGAGACAUCGCGUCGAGUUCGCAGUCGAAGAAAAUAAUUUGAAUUGAAGAUGAGGGAAUGGAUCAAGUUAAAAAUAGAAAUAAUAAUAAUAAUAAUAAUAAUAAAUGGAAAGAAAAGAAAGAAGGGGGGAGAUGGUAAAUGGAAUCAGGGGAAGGUCAGCCAUUUUUGUGACUUGAGUGAUUAACAAUUAUUGAGUAUUUUGGCACAUAAAUUUCUCAUUAUUUGCUUGUUUGUUUAGGUGAAAAAUUAUGUAUAUAUAUAUAUAUAUAUCCCGCAAGAUGCUGUGUGUAAAAUUGGAUGUAAUCGUAUCUAACGAUUGAAUGGUUUUGUUCCUGAAACACGUACGUGUACAUGUAAUUUUUCUGUCUCUGGAAGUGUAAAUAUGAAAAUAAGAACUAUGCUCGGAGUGGUGUAUUUACAAUUGUAUUAAUAAAUAAUUGUUUUUCUGUA